UCGCAGUGUGUGACUGUGCAGAGAUGAGGAAUCUGCUAAUCAACUCUGUAGUGGCGGUGUGUCCUCCGGGUCAGGGCAUCGGGAAGGCCGGGACACUGCCAUGGCCCAUAUUAAGAAAUGAAUUUAAGCAUUUCCAGCGGCUGACUAUGACACCAACAACUGAAGGCAAGCAAAAUGCAGUGAUCAUGGGCAGGAAAACAUGGUUCUCUAUUCCAGAGAAGAAUCGACCAUUGAAGGAAAGAAUAAACAUUGUUCUAAGCAAAGAGCUCACAGAACCUCCAAAUGGUGCUCACUAUCUAGCCAAGAGUUUAGAUGAGGCUCUUCAGCUGCUGGAGACACCGGAAAUGAAAGACAGGCUCGAUCUCAUCUGGAUCAUUGGAGGAAGCUCUUUGUAUAAGGAAGUUAUGGACAAACCUGUUAGCCAGAGGCUGUUUGUGACCAGAAUUCAGCAAGAGUUUGAAUGUGACACAUUUCUACCAGACAUUGAUCUGCAGUCAUACAAGCUGCUGCCAGAGUACCCAGGUAUAUCCUCCGAAAUGCAAGAAGAGAACGGUAUUCAGUACAAGUUUGAAGUCUAUGAAAAGAUGCUAUAAUUGCUCAUGUUUAAUGUAAAUUUGCUGUACAGUAAACAUUU